GGAACCCAAAUCCCACAUCCCACACUCAAAUUCCAUACAAUUCCCUCUUUUGCCUUGCCUUGCCUUCCCUUUCCGCCUUUUCCCUCCUUUUACCAUCCUCCUCUCCUCAUGCCACUGUCUCUCUCUUUCUCUCUAUCGGAAGAUAUACAUUUGUAUAUGCUAUGAGGGACACAAAGUCAUCUGCUUUUCAACAAGCCUGGUUUUGGACACAGUAUAAUAGCAACUGCGAUGGAGCACAACCACAAGUGAAGAAGAAGAAGAAGAAGAAGAAAUUCAAAUUCCAAGAGAGAAUGCUCAGACGGGUUCCCCAUUUUCUUCUCUUCAUCCAUUUGGGCGUUUUUCUUUGCUCCGGUUUUAGUAUGAUAGAGGGAGAUAGCAAACAACUAAACCAUGACAGGAAAGGCCUAUUCUCUGCUUCCAUUUCCACCACCGAAGCAGAUAUCACCACUCCUCUACCAACCGUUCCAACUACUAACCCCACCACUCCAAUUGUCACAACUCCCUCUGUUGUUAAUCCAGCAGUUUCAAACCCUGACUCACCUGCCACAAUUAGCCCGGUCAUGACACCUGCAACCUCCUCAUCCUCACCGGCGUCUUCAGGAGGAAGCUGGUGUGUUGCCAGCCAAGCAGCAUCCCAAAUUGCCCUACAGCUUGCCUUGGACUAUGCCUGUGGUUAUGGUGGUGCUGACUGUUCGGCAAUUCAGCUCGGUGCCAGCUGCUACAACCCGAACACAAUCCGUGGCCAUGCUUCUUACGCAUUCAAUGCCUACUAUCAGAAGGAUCCAGUCCCUAACAGCUGCAAUUUUGGUGGCGCUGCCGUCAUUACUAACACUGACCCAAGCACUGGGACAUGCCAAUACCCAACAACUAGCACGAGCUCAUCGGUUCUGAACACGACGAAUUCAAGUGGAUCAACAGUGUUCGGCGCAGGACCGACAAACCCUACCGGUUCUGCAGCUACCCAGCCAACUCCACAUAUCUUGUCAACAUGUCUCAUCAUGCUGCUACUGCUGCUAGCCAAAAACAAGCUAUAAAUGCUCAUAUGGAAGCCGCAAUCAGCGCCACUCUUUCUGCUCCAAGUUGGCUUUUUUACUAGACCAACAACAGAGAACAGGGGUUUCAAAAUGAAAUGCUGAUUAAGUAGGGGACUUGUAAAUGAAAGGCCUUAAUUAGCCUCUGAAUGGUUGUUUCAUAAAUGUUCUGUGAAUGAGAGAGAGCAGGUGUGGGGCAGAGAGAAUGGGGGGAGAGAUCAAUCUGUUGGGUUUCUUUUGUGUUUGUAGAAAGCAUACUUCACCUCCUUGUUUCAUUGUAUUUCUAGCUAGAACAAUAAUAUGAGUUUUUAUUUUUUUUUAUUAUAUUUAUUUUAUUUUUGGACAAA